UCAAGUGAUUCCAUUAUGUGGUUUACUAUUUUUCUUGUUGGGGCGGUUGUGGCUCUUGUGUAUCACUAUUUCCACAACACCUACAGCUAUUGGGAACGUCGUCAUGUUCCAAAUGAACGGCCACUACCCCUCAUUGGUAACAUGAAAGGGAUCGGACGAACGAAACAUUUUCGUGAUGUGAACCAGAGAAUAUAUGAUACAUUUAAAGGCAAAACUCCGAUUGCUGGAAUGUUUUUGUUUUUCAAGCGAGCAGCUUUUAUUAUCGAUUUGGAUUUCAUUAAGCAAGUGUUGAUAAAAGAUUUCACCGUGUUCCAUGAUCGUGGCGUCUUCAGUAAUGUGGAAGAUGAUCCCCUAACGGGUCACCUCUUAACCCUGGAGGGCGAUGAAUGGCGUUCCAUGCGUAAUAAACUAUCGCCUGUGUUUUCCUCCGGCAAAAUCAAGCAUAUGUCCAAAGUGGUAGUCGAUGUCGGUCGUCAUUUGAUUUCCGUCAUGGAGACGGCUGUUAAGGCAGCUGCUGUCGAUGAUGGCGAUGUGGAGAUCAAGGAAUAUUGCGCCCGCUUCACCACCGAUGUCAUUGGUAGCUGUGCCUUCGGUCUGGAGUGUAAUUCUCUAAAUGAUCCCGAUGCGGAAUUUCGUAAGAGGGGUCGCAUGCUAUUCGAACAGCCUCGUUACAGUCAGCUAGUAACCUUGUUUAUUUUUACAAAUCCCAAACUGGCCAAGAAAUUGCAUUUGAAAGCACUUCCCGAUGAACUAUCCUCAUUCUUUUUGAAAGCUGUACGCGAUACUGUGGACUAUCGUAUCAAAAAUGGUAUUAAACGAAAUGAUUUCCUCGAUCAAUUGAUCGAGCUUAAAGCAGCGAACGAGGAGUUGGCCAAACAGUCCAAAGGCAUUGAUCUUACACUUGGUUUGACUAUCGAACAAAUGGCUGCCCAAUCGCUUGUGUUCUUUGUAGCUGGUUUUGAGACUUCUUCAAGUACCAUGGCCUUUUGUCUCUAUGAAUUGGCUCUGCAUCAGGAUAUUCAGCAGCGUUUAAGAGAUGAAAUUGAAACAGUUUUGAGUGGAGUUGAGAAUCAAGAGUUGACUUACGAUGCCAUUACGCAAAUGACUUAUCUGGAUAAAGUUUUAGCAGAAACUCUACGUAAAUAUCCAAUAUUAUCUCAACUAAUACGAGAAGCCAGACAAGAUUACAAAUUCCCAGAAAGCGAAUUCGUUAUCGAGAAGGGCACUUCAGUUCUCAUACCCGUACAUAAUAUCCAUCAUGAUCCUGAAUUGUAUCCCCAACCCGAACGCUUUGAUCCCAGUCGCUUUGAUCCAGAGUUGGUGAAAAAUCGCCAUCCUUGUGCCUAUCUACCCUUUGGCGAUGGUCCACGGAAUUGCAUUGGCUUGCGUUUCGGCAAAAUGCAGGCCAAGAUUGGUUUAAUCUCUUUGCUUCGUAAUUUCAAGUUCAGCGCUUCAAAGAAAACUGAAAUUCCAUUGAUAUUUAGUAAGAAAACACCUACUUUAUCUACGGAGAAUGGCAUAUAUCUUAAAGUGGAACGUAUUUAAUUGCUCAGCGCUCUCUAAAAGUUUUAAGUUUAUCACAUUUAAAUGGGUUAGAAAUUUUAUUUAAAAAAAAAAUUUUGGAAAAGCUAACUUUUUUAUGAGGGUUAAUAUUCUUGAGCCAAAAGUUUAAUAAAAACAUUUUCUGCUGAAUAUAGAUUUCCUUGUCGUGUGUCCAAGAUUUUUAUACUUAGUUUUACUUGUCUUGUGUUGUAUUGUUUUCUGUAAUACUAUAUAACCCAUCUUAUCCUAUUUCGUAACACAAAUAAAUAAUUCAAUGUUUUACUGCACCUAAUAAA